CCAGCUCAACUUUUAUGCACCGACGUAUUAUUUUUGGUUUGUAUUCGUCUUGCCCUCCUCGAUCCGUUCCUCCAGAUCCACAAGUUACGAUACCGUUACUAUAAGCGGGAAUACGUAUUCGUGGUCUCAAUUGGAAGCACACUCGAAUGAGUGCAGAGUCUGUUACUCGAUUCAGCGUCACAAAUUGCGGAACCUGACCACCACAAUCAUCAUGAGCAUGACCACAACUGCGCCAGGAGGAGCUAGUAUAGGAUUGAUCAAUCCCCAGCCCCGCCAAUCGAGACCCAGAACUCCAUUUCGAACCCUAAAAUCCUUACAGUUUGCGCAUCAGGAAGCGAAUUGUUCGAUGUGGUACGCGACCAUACCUCUUUUUGGGGGUUGGGAUUGGGCUGCCAUGUACAGUAAUGGAGUGUGGCCAUAUCAUACACAUAAGCACUCUACCAAAGUCCAAUGGAUUGACACUCACCACUCCUGGUGUACUUUUGGCCGUUGGUGCUCUCUCGUACCUUUGGGUUGGUGUGGCUCCAGGGUUCUUUGAUAUGUUUGUUCUUGCCUUGGUAAUUGAGAGGCUAUUUAGACCCACUUACAUAAAGGAUGAUUUUGUUUUGGGGAAGAAGUUGGGUGAUGGAGCUUUUGGAGUAGUGUAUCGAGUUUCAUUAGCUAAGAAGCUUUCUUCAAAGUUUGAAGGGGAGGAGGACACGCUAGCAGACUGGAUACAGUGCAAAGAGUUUCCUUUUAUUAAUGUAGAAACCAUGAUUCUUGGAGAGGUGCUGGACUUGCCUAAGGAUCUGGAAAGAAAAAACAUAAUCAUUCAAACUAUCAUGAGACAUCUAUUAUUUGCAUUGGAUGGUCUCCACUCAACAGAAUGUAGUUUUCUCCGAAGAGUCUCGCACAUUCAAGAUAAUUGACCUUGGAGCAGCAGCAGAUUUGAGAGUGGGGAUCUACAUUCCAAAUGAUUUUCUUUUGGAUCCUAGAUAUGCAUUCUGCACCAGAACAAUACAUUAUCAGCACACAAACUCCAUCUGCACCAUCUGCACCUCAGCUCCAGUGGGCAACUGCAAUUUCUCCAGUCCUGUGGCAGCUCAUGUUUCAAGAUCGACUUGAUAUCUACAGUGCUGGCCUCAAAUUCUAGCAACUGAUUGACAAGCAAAAGAUAACUGUGUAUUGCUGAUCAAACUCUGUCCACACGAACAUUUCGAUAGAUGCACUUGCAGUCCAUGCUAAGUUAUGGUCUCAUCAUGAAUAAUUCGUAGUUUAAAUUUAACUUUGGGAACCAACAAAGAAGAAGAAAGUCAUGCCAGCACCACGUGUGGGAAGCAAGCUGCCUAAUAAAGAGGCUCCAAGAACAAGUACAUACUACAUAGUGUGAUGGAGCGGACCAAUAUAUUAUGGGUUGCAAAGUUCAUAUAUAUAUAUAUAUGUAAGAUAUUAUGACAAAUUAUAGUAUGUAUUAUGUUGAGAAUACAAAGAACACUGGCAUUGUAAAUCACGAGACCUGCACGUGCAAGUCUGGCCUUCUUGUUCAGUACAAUCUAGCUCGCUAUUUUAAGUAUUCCCAUUUGUACAAACAAGGACAACUAACAGCAUAAGCCACUUGAAAACAAAGCCUGUAAACACUUUGAUUACAGU